GCGACUUCGCCCUUGGAACAAAACAUAAUUAGCAACUCCUCCAAGAUGACGAAAGUAACUUACAGGGAGGCCCUUGCCCUGCUGGAUCUAGAGGGGCUGCCUUCGGCGGAUGUGGUUCGCCGGGCCUUCCGCAGGGAAGCUCUCAAGUGGCAUCCGGACAAGGCGGUAGCGGCAGCUAGCAGCCAGCCCAGUGAUGGGAGCACCACCAGCCUGGACUCCAACCCUGCUACCGCCACCGCCACCACCGGCGGUGCAGCAUCAUCUGCGUCUGCGCCGCCGGAGACCUCCUCCCAACCCACAUCACCACAGCUCGCCACGGCUCCGCGACUCAUGUCGCGCGAGGCGGCGGAGGAGCGCUUCAAGCGCCUGGCCGCAGCCUACCACCUGCUGCUGCGGGCCGCGGACGGCGCGGCGGCGCUGCUGCUGGCGCCGGGCCACGACGGCGUGGGCGUGGGCACCACAGGUGAUGGCGGCGGCGCCGCCGCCAGCCGUGACGGCGGCUACGGAGACCAGGUCCCUAGCUUUGGUCACGACGGAUUUGGUCCUGGCGGAUGUGGCCUGGAUGUGGACCUUGACGAUGAGGCGCUGGCUGACGCGCUGUCGGCGGACCUGCUGCUGGAGGCGCGGCGGCUGCGACUGAGCGACUUCGACAUGGUGUUCCUGCACCAGCGCGCUAGCGUGGGCUCUGCGGGGCUAGCUCCAGAGUGGUCGGACGCGGUCCGGGACGUCGACGACCUGUGGCGGCGGAUACGGAGGCGCCUGGAGCGGCGGCGACAGCGCCGGCAGCAGCAGGCGGCUUGCGCACAAGCAGGGCUCAACGGCAGCGGGAAAGCUGCGAGCGACUGCUUCGGUCCAGCGGGGCCGCCUGGCGGGGCCUGCUCCACGGUUGCUUUGGCGGCUGGCUCGAAGUGGUCGCUCUUGUUUGAGUUCAUGGCGGAUGUGGUGGGGGCGGAAGCGCCGGGGAGCGACAUCGAUUGUGACGAGGAGCACAGAGAUGAGGGCGGCAUUGGCGAGGCCGGGGGCAGUGGUGGUGAAGCGACCGAGGCCUCAUUGCGUGAGGUUGCACGCGGUGGCAGAGGUGGUCAUGCAGAGGUCAAGGGCAGGUGUGGAGGGGACGCAGCAAUGGCUGCGGAAGCGCGGGCGGGCAGCGGCACGCCACCCACGCAGGCAGCACAGCUGCCGCAGGAGCGGAGGCGGGGACGACUGCCCCCUGGUUUCUACUGGCGCUGGCUGCGGCGGUUCGUCGCGUUGCAGAUACUUAUUGGCGUGCUGUUCAAGCGCUGAGGCAUUGGCACAUCACAGCCGUGCAGGUUGAUUUGAUGUGAUAGCACAGCUGUGCGUGUAGGAAGGUUUACAUUGUGACGGUGCGUGCAGCUGCACGAGUACCGAAUACGCAUGCGCAUGCAUACGCUGUGCUUGGGCCUUCUUGGGUACAAUCUAACGGCAGACGUGCAUGUCUGCCGUGCACGUGCGGGGUGGCGGGAGUAUGAUCGCUGCUGGGGGAGCAAUGCGUUGGGAUGCGCAGAACGUACGACGCGACGAUGACAUGUGGCCAAGCAGCUCGCAACUUGGGUUGGAUUCGACGUGCUUACAGGUCACCGCGAUCCGCACUGGAUCGAUGCUAUACUGGACCGGUGCUAUACUGAACCGGUACUUAUACUUUACCGAUUCCGUUAUGUGCCAAUCGCUUUCGUGUGAAUCUUGAGGUCCGUAGAACUCAUGGUGUAGCGGUUAUCACGUCAGAUUUACACUCUGAAGGUCUCCGGUUCAAUCCCGGAUGAGUUCAGUUUUGCUCAGCCCGGAACUGGUGUGGACUCCCUGACUCCCUGACUCCGGUGUGCUGCACCCCUCUCGAAUGUGCCAGUCCUUCAAGACAGGGCUGCGUCCCUGGGCGCGGUGCACGGGUGCGCACGCAUUCGACUGUUGCCUCAGGUCAGUCAGGUCCUGUCAGGUGCCCACCAGGUGCGUGCUGCCGUCAUGAGCCCACAUUAGGCACCAAGUAUGAUCAUGCACCUGUGCCUGCCCAGCAUGGACGUGGGUACGGGGUAGAUGUGGCGUUCGGUGGGAACGAUGCGAACCAGGGGCCCUGCAGGGGUGAAGCGGGCUGGGCGUGGGGGCCGGGUGAACUAGAACAUGGCUCGGGACAUGGCUAGAACUAGCCGCUACCGCUUCAGUGUAUGGAUAGGCCUGGCUCUUACAAGGGCGUGGAUAACCGAGGUUGUAAUCCGCCGCGACG